AUGGCCAAGCUCCACGCCUUCCGUGACUCCUGCGACGAGCUCACAGUCCUAUACAACGCAAAGCCCAACAAGACCAUCGAGGACGGCGAGCUCAUCGAUAGCAUCUGGCAGAAAUAUGCCCUCUGCGUGAAAGGCCUUCUGGAGGUCGUAGCGGCGCAGAAAGAUGCGCGGCCGGUGAAUGUGCGAUUGGCGGAGGAGGCGGCGGCGCUGCAGGCGGGGAAGAGGGGGAGGUUGGUGAUGGCGAUAGAGAGCUCGCAGCUGGGGAGUCAGAUAGGUGAGGGUGAUAAUGAAGCUCUUGGAAGUGUAAUUGAAUGA